GGGUCGCUGUAUCGGCGCAAGACAAAGCGCGGCGGGCUCAUUCUCGUGCGUUCCUCCUCUGGGUGGGCGGGUGUGCAGAAGAUGGCGGAGAGCGGCGCUGACGGUGCGCCGGGCAAGGGCCUUAUCCGGGUCACGGUGAAGACACCGAAAGACAAAGAGGAGAUUGUUAUAGGGGAGACUGCGAGCGUCAAAGAGUUUAAAGAGGAAAUCUCCAGACGGUUCAAAGCCAAGAAGGAUCAGCUGGUCCUGAUCUUUGCCGGGAAGAUCUUGAAAGACGGCGACACGCUCAACCAGCACAGCAUCAAAGACGGCCUCACCGUGCAUCUGGUGAUCAAGACGGCGCAGAAGUCGCAGGACCCGUCGGCCACAGCCGCUGCUACCCUUCCAGCCGGAUUCGGAGGUCUGGCCGGACUGGGCAACCUAGGGAUGGGUUCCUCCAACUUCAUGGAGCUCCAGCAGCAGAUGCAGCGCCAGCUGAUGUCCAACCCGGAGAUGCUGGCCCAGAUCAUGGAGAACCCGCUGGUGCACAAUAUGAUCUCCAACCCGGACCUCAUGAGGCAGAUGAUCAUGGCCAACCCUCAGAUGCAGCAACUGAUGGAGAGGAACCCGGAGAUCAGCCACAUGCUGAACAACCCCGAGCUCAUGAGACAGACCAUGGAGUUGGCACGCAACCCGGCCAUGAUGCAAGAGAUGAUGAGGAACCAGGACCGAGCCCUGAGCAACCUGGAGAGCAUCCCCGGGGGGUACAACGCCUUACGCCGCAUGUACACCGACAUACAGGAGCCCAUGUUCAGCGCAGCCAGAGAGCAGUUUGGUAGUAAUCCAUUUUCCUCUGCUGGCGGCACUGACGGUUUGGCCUCUCAGCCCCUGCGCACAGAGAACCGCGAGCCUCUCCCCAACCCCUGGAACCCUUCGACAGGCUCUCCUGGUCAGACAUCCGGCAAUGAGGGGAAUGGGAGCUCGAACGCCACUACUACUACGACCUCCACCACCACCAGCCAGUCCAAUCCGAGCAUUUCCAAUCCGUUCGGCAUCAGUGGCGCCAGCCUGGGGUCAGGAAUGUAUAACAGUCCGGAAAUGCAGGGUCUGUUGCAGCAGAUUUCGGAGAACCCGCAGCUGAUGCAGAGUAUGAUCUCAGCCCCCUACAUGCGCAGCAUGAUGCAGACGCUCGCCCAGAAUCCAGACUUUGCCGCACAGAUGAUUGGUAAUAAUCCUAUUCUAGCUGGUAACCCCCAGCUCCAGGAACAGCUCCGACACCAGCUACCGGUCUUUCUACAGCAGAUGCAGAAUCCUGAAGCUCUCUCUGUCAUUUCCAACCCCCGAGCCAUGCAGGCGCUUCUCCAAAUCCAGCAAGGGCUGCAGACUUUACAGACAGAGGCCCCCGGCCUGCUAACCAGUUUUGGUGCUUUCAGUAUCCCCGGAGUGCCGCCGGCGUCCAGCGGAAGUACAGCCCCCGAGAACACGUCCCCCUCCACGCCCAGCAGUGCCUCUCCAGCAGGGGGCAGCAGCAACGCUCAGCAACAGAUGAUGCAGCAGAUGAUACAGCUCCUCGCAGGGGGGAGCGCACCGGGGCAGACGCCAGAAGACCGUUUCCAGUCCCAGUUAGACCAGUUAAACGCCAUGGGCUUCAUCAACCGCGAGGCCAACCUGCAGGCGCUAAUAGCAACAGGCGGAGACGAACAUGCCAAAUCCCGACCGUACCGUCCCAGCCCCUCCCCCGAGCAUCAUGGGAAGUGGACAAGCCCCACCGCUGACAGGAUAACGCCUCCAAAUCUCAGACUCCCCCCACUAUGCCCGAAGAGGGCGCUCAGCGGCGCGGGCCUGUUCACGCAUCAUCUCCUCCUCGCCCCCUGCAGGGUCUGUACACUGUUGUGGGGUCAGAGGAAGUGCGUCUGGACUACAGGAGGGAGGAGGUGCUGUCUUUUGGCCUCGGGUCUGUACACUGUUGCGGGGUCAGAGGAAGUGCGUCUGGACUACAGGAGGGAGGAGGUGCUGUCUUUUGGCCUCGGGUCUGUACACUGUUGCGGGGUCAGAGGAAGUGCGUCUGGACUACAGGAGGGAGGAGGUGCUGUCUUUUGGCCUCGGGUCUGUACACUGUUGCGGGGUCAGAGGAAGUGCGUCUGGACUACAGGAGGGAGGAGGUGCUGUCUUUUGGCCUCGGGUCUGUACACUGUUGCGGGGUCAGAGGAAGUGCGUCUGGACUACAGGAGGGAGGAGGUGCUGUCUUUUGGCCUCGGGUCUGUACACUGUUGCGGGGUCAGAGGAAGUGCGUCUGGACUACAGGAGGGAGGAGGUGCUGUCUUUUGGCCUCGGGUCUGUACACUGUUGCGGGGUCAGAGGAAGUGCGUCUGGACUACAGGAGGGAGGAGGUGCUGUCUUUUGGCCUCGGGUCUGUACACUGUUGCGGGGUCAGAGGAAGUGCGUCUGGACUACAGGAGGGAGGAGGUGCUGUCUUUUGGCCUCGGGUCUGUACACUGUUGCGGGGUCAGAGGAAGUGCGUCUGGACUACAGGAGGGAGGAGGUGCUGUCUUUUGGCCUCGGGUCUGUACACUGUUGCGGGGUCAGAGGAAGUGCGUCUGGACUACAGGAGGGAGGAGGUGCUGUCUUUUGGCCUCGGGUCUGUACACUGUUGCGGGGUCAGAGGAAGUGCGUCUGGACUACAGGAGGGAGGAGGUGCUGUCUUUUGGCCUCGGGUCUGUACACUGUUGCGGGGUCAGAGGAAGUGCGUCUGGACUACAGGAGGGAGGAGGUGCUGUCUUUUGGCCUCGGGUCUGUACACUGUUGCGGGGUCAGAGGAAGUGCGUCUGGACUACAGGAGGGAGGAGGUGCUGUCUUCUGGCCUCGGGUCUGUACACUGUUGCAGGGCCAGAGGAAGUGCGUCUGGACUACAGGAGGGAGGACGGUAUAGGUGCUGCGCUCUGCACAGGGGGUUGA